AGAGGAAAGAGAGAUAGAGAGUUAAACUUUGAGGCCUGAGGAAACUCAUUACGCUUCACUCCGAUUCGCAGAGAGUUUCCAAGAGACGACAAUUCAAAACUUUCUUUUAUCUUUUUUUUUUUUUCUUAUUUCGUUAAUCCAAAUCCGUAAGUACUUUCUUCUUCUUAUUAUUAUAUAAUCUCUACUAAUCCUCUUCGUUGUUAAAGAUUCUCCAUUUUUCUCUCCUCCUUCUUCUCCAUUGAAAGGAAUCAUAUUCAGAUCAGUGAUUCGUUUUUUAUUUCUUCUGGGUUUUCAUUUUUUGUUUUCGGGUCAAAUUUGGUCUUUGAAUUUGGAAUCUGAAGAUCUGACUUUUGAAGCUAGAAUUUGGGUUUUAAUGUUUCAAUAAAGAAACAAUUUUUGUUGUUGUUGUUGUUGUGAAUCCAUUUUUUUAUCAAUCGAUAUUUGGAUGAUCUAUCUGAAAAUGAGAAUGCUCUGAAUCGUCUUUUUUUUUUUGGGAUUUCUCAGAAAUUCUCUCUCUUUUUUUUUUUUUCACUUUGCAUUCGUGUUUGGUCUCUCGAUCUUAGAUUUCUCUAACAUCGGAAAUCUGUACGGAGAAGAUGGUGGAAGAUCGGACGUAUUUGAUAUCAAGGGUUUUCUCAAGUUCUCGUCUUUCAGAAUCAAAGUGGCCUUACAUGUAUCCAGUAGCAGAAGAUUCCUCUGAAACUAAGCUCAGCAAUGGCAAAAGAUCAUUGGAUGAUGUUGAUGAGCUCAAAGACGAGCUAAGACAGAGCAAGUCUCUCAGAUUGAUGGGAUUUUCAAUUCAAGGGAAUGAAGCUAUUGAAGAAGAAGAACAAGACCAAUCUGAUUCUAACAACAAUACUGAUGGCGAUUCACUUAUCAAUGAUAUUGGCAGGGACAAUUCGAUCAGCUGUUUGAUCCGUUGUUCGAGGUCUGAUUACGGCUCCGUUGCUUCUUUAAACCGGAGUUUUCGGUCUCUGGUGAAGACCGGAGAGAUUUAUAGACUCAGGAGGCAAAACCAGGUUGUUGAACAUUGGGUUUACUUCUCUUGCCAGCUCUUGGAAUGGGUUGCUUUCAACCCUGUUGAAAGAAGAUGGAUGAAUUUGCCUACAAUGCCUUCAGGUGUUACAUUCAUGUGUGCUGAUAAAGAAUCGCUCGCUGUUGGUACGGAUUUGCUUGUUUUAGGCAAAGAUGACUACUCUUCUCAUGUUAUAUACAGAUACAGUUUUUUGACUAACUCUUGGUCUUCCGGUACGAGGAUGAAUUCUCCGAGGUGUUUGUUUGGCUCAGCAAGUCUAGGAGAGAUUGCGAUCUUCGCUGGUGGUUUUGAUUCUCUUGGCAAAAUCAGUGAUUCCGCUGAGAUGUAUAAUUCUGAGCUUCAGACUUGGACUACACUUCCGAAGAUGAACAAACCGAGGAAGAUGUGUUCGGGUGUUUUCAUGGAUGGGAAGUUUUAUGUCAUUGGAGGAAUUGGAGGAAGUGACUCGAAAGUGCUUACUUGCGGUGAGGAGUUUGAUUUAGAGACGAAGAAAUGGACUGAGAUCCCGCAAAUGUCGCCUCCAAGGAGCCGAGAAAUGCCAGCAGCAGCAGAGGCGCCACCUCUUGUUGCGGUUGUGAAUAAUCAAUUGUAUGCCGCGGAUCAUGCUGAUAUGGAAGUUAGGAAGUAUGAUAAGGAGAGUAAGAAAUGGUUUACUUUAGGGCGAUUGCCGGAAAGAGCUGGCUCGGUUAACGGUUGGGGAUUAGCGUUUAGAGCUUGCGGUGAGCGGUUAAUUGUGAUUGGUGGUCCUAGAAGUUCAGGUGGAGGGUACAUUGAGCUGAAUUCCUGGAUACCAUCUAGUGAUCGAAGUCCGCCUCUAUGGACAUUGCUCGGUAGGAAACAUUCAUCGAAUUUCGUAUACAACUGCGCGGUGAUGGGUUGCUGAUAAAGGGUUUCAACAAUAAUUUUCAGAUGAUUUUUAAGAUUCUCCUGCCGUUGGAGAUGUCGAAAGUUGCAGUCUUUUUCUUAUUUAUUUUGGUUACAAAAAGAAAUUUAUUUUCAAUUCAAUUGGAUACAAUCAUCUUGGUGGUAUUGUUAGAUUCUUGGAAAGAACAGAAACAGGUUUUGUAAUAAGUUUGGUGGAGAAAGUUCAGAAUCUAGAGUUUUGCUGUUCUGUUGUAAGUUGUUGAAUUUUGUUUUCUAAAUAUAAUGAUUUUUUUUCUUCA